AUGAUGAUUCUCACCACAUUCCUUUUGUUCCCACUCUGUGUUCUUGGUGCAAACAUCGCGGCGUAUUGGGGCCAGAACGCCGGAAUAAACCAGAAAUCGCUAGCUGAAUACUGCUCGUCAUCUCCAGCGGAUAUCAUUCUACUUUCAUUUUUGAACAAUUUCCCAAACUUGGGCUUGAAUUUUGCCAACCAGUGCUCCCAGACGUUCGGAAGCGGUCUUUUACAUUGUUCCCACAUUGGACAAGACAUUAAGACUUGUCAAAGCCAGGGUAAGAUCAUUUUGUUGUCGUUAGGUGGCGAAUCUGGCAGUUAUGGCUUCUCCUCGGAUUCACAAGCUCAGGAGUUUGCAACUACAUUGUGGAACAAGUUCGGUGGCGGAACAGACAGCGAGAGACCCUUCGACGAUGCCAUAGUGGAUGGGUUCGACUUUGACAUUGAAAACAAGAAACAAACGGGCUACGCUGCAUUAGCAAACAAGCUUAGAAACUACUUUGCCAGCUCUUCCAAGAAGUACUACUUGUCAGCUGCUCCUCAGUGUCCCUACCCUGAUGAAUCGGUUGGUGAAUUAAUGGCUCAAGUCGACCUCGAUUUCGCAUUCAUCCAGUUCUACAACAACUACUGCUCAAUCAACAAGCAGUUUAACUGGGACACAUGGAGUCAGUAUGCCUCAGGCAGAAACAUCAAAUUGUAUUUAGGCGUUCCAGGUUCUGUAGCAUCCGCUGGUUCGGGGUAUGUCGACGAAGGAACACUCGAAAACACCAUUGCAGGCAUCAAAAACGAUCCACACUUUGGCGGGGUCUCAGUUUGGGACAUUUCGUCAGCUCCGCAGAGCUUUUUGGGUCAGAUCAAACAGGCUUUGGUUGGAUCGUACGCGCAGCUGUCCAGCGGUCCAAUUCAAGCAUCGUCUUUACCAACCACUCUUUCCACAGUUUACCAAACUUCAAUAGAACCAGUCCCCACCACAAGCACACAGCCAACAUCAACCAGGGACUUUUGGGCUUGGCUCGGUGUAUUAGUGGCGUCGCCAACUUCUACCGCGUACACUUCCCAGUCACCAGUUGCUAAUCCAAGACCUGUACCGACAAGUUCCUCCGCGUUCAACUGGAGGACUUUGUUUCAGAAGCCCCCUACUACUCCAACUCCAACCCCCACACCAACACCAAAACCAUUGCACCGCGUAGUUGAGGUUACCAAUUAUGUCACGCUAACAACAACAAUAAUCUCUUGA